GCCUGAAGCAAACUGACCCACCUACAAUCCCCGUCUCUCAGCUUUAUCCUGGUAAAGAUUUUCCAAUUGGUGAAAUAAUGGAGUACACAAAUUCUACGGAUGGCCGGACAGCUAUUAAUCGAAUGACCUCUCAGGAGUGUCGGUUGCAGGAUGAAGCCCGUCUUGAGGUCUACCAGGAUAUCCGGCAAGCAGCCGAGGUUCAUAGGACGGUGAGACAAUACAUGCGACCCCUGCUGAAACCCGGCGUGCGUCUUUUUGACUUUUGCGAGCAGCUUGAGGCUCUCAGUCGAAAGCUGAUUAAUGAAAAUGGCCUCCAGGCUGGUCUCGCCUUUCCAACGGGCGUUUCUCUCAAUCACUGCGCCGCACACUACACACCCAACGCCGGUGAUGAUACUGUCCUCCAAUAUGACGAUGUGUGCAAGGUGGAUUUUGGUGUUCACGUGAAUGGCAAUCUCGUCGACUGUGCGUUCACUGUCCACUUCAACCCAAGGUACGACAAGCUCGUUGAAGCUGUCAGGGACGCUACCAACACGGGUAUCAAGGAAUCUGGCAUUGAUGUGCGUUUAUGCGACGUGGGGGAGGCUAUUCAAGAGGUUAUGGAGUCUUAUGAAGUUGAAAUAAACGGUGAAACAUAUCAAGUAAAGCCUAUUCGGAACCUCAACGGACACUCCGUUGGGCCGUACCAAAUCCACGCUGGAAAGUCCGUGCCUAUCGUCCGGGGUGGGGAACAAACUCGUAUGGAGGAAAAUGAGGUUUAUGCCAUCGAGACUUUUGGCAGUACCGGAAGGGGCGUGGUGCACGACGACAUGGAAUGCUCGCAUUACAUGAAGGAUUUUGAGGUCGGUCAUGUCCCUCUCAGGCAAGUCUGGCAGUUGCGUUUUCUCGUGCAAACUCGUGCAAGGCAACUCUUGUCAACGAUAGACAAGCACUUCGGCACAUUGGCCUUCUGCCGCCGGUGGUUGGACCGCCUGGGUGAAACCAAGUACCUGAUGGGUCUCAAAAACCUGGUUGACAACGGGCUGGUCAAAGCCUAUCCGCCCCUCGUUGAUAUGCGCAAUAGCUACACCGCCCAAUGGGAACACACUGUGCUUUUGCGACCCACUUGUAAAGAGGUCGUAACUCGGGGAGACGACUACUGA